GACAGAGAUCAGCGUUAGUGAGGGACAGCUGUGGUCGCGAUUUGCGCUCUUUCUCGGCCCAUAAUUUACUCAAGAUUGUUGACCCCCGGUAUUUUAUUGGUGGAGAGUCGGUCCUGCUUAUUGUUCCAGAGAUUAAUAGCCGCUGACAGCUUCAAUUGGUCCAACUUUGUCACGUUAAUACUACAGACUGGAAAGUAGUCGCCUUAAAACGUAUCCGUCGAACAGACAACGCAUCGGAGUGCCGAUCGUAUGCGGUACUCUCACUCCUACUAAUGAUGGCUUCUGUAUUUCCUGAACGCCGUGCGAGUUUACAAAAGUUUGUCAACACCCGGGUACACAGGCGGAAAACCGAGCUUUAUAAAACCAUAACAAACAUUUGUUCAGUGGUUCAGGAGUUAUUGAAGCAUGUGGAAGGCCUAGAGCCACGCUUCAUCUCGUCUCUGAAACUCGUGGAUGGAAGAUAUCAAGGGGUUAGAGCAUUAUCUCCCCGCAACUUCGAAGUGCAUUUAUACCUGAAUCAAAUGGGAGUUUUUAAUUUUAUCGAUGAAAGCUGCCCGCCCGGCUGUGCAAUGUUGAAACUCAGUGAUGAACGGAAGCGCUCCAUGUCUCUUUGGACAGAGUUUAUAACGGCUUCUGGCUACCUGUCCGCUAGAAAAGUGCGCUCGCGGUUCAUAUCUUUAGUCGCGGAGGCAAUACGGCGCGGAGAACUUCAGAAUCAAAUUCGCGUCAACGUAGACAAUCAUUUCUCGGCGAAACUCACAGUUUUGGAGCGUUACACUGUAGAGCUGAUCCCAGCGUUUCGUUGCGGCUCUAUCUGGCCGCAGAACGGAUGUUGUUGGCCAAAUCCUGAUACUAUAUGGCCUCCACAGCCGGUAAUAGCCGGCAUUAAGCUACGAGGGUUUUCGUUGCUGGCACGAGAUCCGUAUCCGAGUGUCAAAGGCGCAGGGUCUGAAGGUGAUGCCUGGCUACUGUGCUUCUAUGACGCCGAGGACAUGCUCUUCGCAAACGGCGGGCGAAGGUUGUGUCUUAGCAUGUUGAAAACUUUGUACGACAAGCACCUUGAUUUACCCGGAAAGCCGUUGGAAUAUGUACAUCUAGUGAUGCUGUUACUCUUUGAAUGCGAAAAGCAUCCCAGAGAAACAGAAUGGACCGACGAAUCGCUCAUUGAUCGCAUCAAUGGUAUUCUUCUGCAGCUCGUGUCUUGCCUGCAGUGUCGAAGGUGCCCCCAUUUCUUCCUGAAGGGAGUGGACUUGUUUGGCUGUAAGCCAAAGCAGGCUUUAGACAUGGCGGCAAAACAGGCUUGGAAUAUCGCGCGGGAUAUCGCCACUAACCCUGGAAGUUUCGAUAUCCUGUAGAGGAACCUAAGGCUCCCGGCAUACAAAAUAUUGUAGUUUAUUAAAACCCUGACGUCAAUUGUUUGCCGUAGGGACAUGGGCUGUUUUGAUUUAAGUUUAGUGUCUUUUUGAUGUCGGAAAUGCUUUUUUGAUUGAAAAAAAAUGAGCAUUUAAUUUUUUUUUUGCCCAAAGGUUCUGAAAGCCAGGUGUUGAAAUUCGUAUUUGUUGAGGUUCAAAAUGUUCAUUUUGUUAAUUAUUUUCCUUUGUUUGAGGGUCUGGUUAUGUGUGAUAAGAAGUUUGAAACAAAGGGAAAAAAGGCAAAAUCUAAAUCAUGGAUAAAAUUGAACCACGACGAGAAGAAUAAUUGGUAUUGAAGAACAUAUUCUCGAAAUUUUGAAUAGGUAACUUUUCAUGCACCUUUGCUGAAGGCCAAGGUUAACCGCUAUCUUUUUUCACAAUGAGAAUAAAGAACUUAAGUGUCUCACUCACAUUGUAGAGGACACCUGUGUAUGUAACAUACGGCUUUAUCAUUUAGUAUAGAAACAAGACUGGGCUGAAAACUUAAACUCAAUUCCUUUAGAUUCUUCUUUAUGUGUAAAUUUUAUUGAAAGUAGUAACAGGUAACAAGCGAAUGCCUCUCGCCAGUCUCUGUAGUAAUAGAAGUAAAAUCUCCUUGAAGUUACUUUGAGGUAGAAAAAUAAUUUAGUGUUUUUUCCGCCUACACUCAAGUCUCGGCAAAACCACAACGGACCUACAUUUAGCCUGUCUGACCUUAAAGAACAAUGAAAUAGGUUUCUCUUGACAGAGUUUAGUUUGUUUAGACUUUAUUCAGAUAGAAAACAUGUGCGGUUACGCAACAGAAAAUAGAACAAACAAUGUAGCAGACUGGCGUGUGAGACAGUAACCUGCCAAAAUCGCGUUUUAUUUUGAAACCUCGUGUUUAAAAACAGGUGAUAAUAUCUUACAGGCGUUGGGUAGCGAUGUUAGCGAUGGUAUGUUUUAAACAUUUUCUUCGAGAAAGGGAUUUUUGUUCGACAAAUAUACACGCAAAUGUAUAAACAAUAGCCUCUAUUUGGCGCGAAAAUAUGUACGGAUAUUUGUCCGCUGACAUUAUCUGUUCCAAGAUGCGAACAGUUUUCCGAGAUCGAAGUUCGAGGAAAACUUUAAGCUUCGAGGAACAGGUAAUGUCCAAGGAAAUUUGAAAAGAAUACUUUUCGUGGUGGACGUAAGGUUUGAAA